AUGACAAGAACCACUGAGGAGGACUGUGAAUCCCAACAGCCAAUCCAACAAAACACCACCACUCCAAGAAAAACACCUCUCUUCGAUUUAUUAUAUCCCAUUCUCUUACAAUUGUGGAAUUCCUUCCAUUCGGCCAAUCAAAGCAUCUCUGAAUUUAACAUUAAUGCAUGGACACAGGGAUACAUUGAUAAAUUCGACUCUCUUGUGGGUAUUGAUAACGUUACCAACAUGUUCAAUUUGAGAAUAAUCUGCAUGAUUUUCUUAUUGUUCUGUGCAAGUCUUUCUGAUAAUGCAUCGUCAUCACUCUCCACAGAGCUCAUUGUUGGAUUCUUGACUGCUGGUUUGGGAUUUUAUGCGAGAAUUUUCUCAGAUCCACUUGGAAUGUUAAUGUUCAGCAUUUUGAAUUUGUGUCUCUUUUUGCGUUGCACUUCUUGGAUUGAAGAUAAGCAGACUGCUCUGAUUUUAAUGACUCCCUUCUUGUUUAUGAAUCAAAUUCGUUCGGUAGUUUGUGUGUUUAAAUAUGGAAAGGAAAAGAUCAAUAGUGGUUUAAAGGAAAAUUAGAAUAUUUUUAGGUGAAACGAAAGUAAACUAUUCCUAUUCCUCACUUG